AUGGACCAUGAGCAUAACCGCAUGGGAUUUGGGUGGUGUGUUUUUGAUUGGGAUGGAAGGGUGAUGGGGGUGGUUAUGUUUGCCAAGUGUGGUCUGUAUAUGGUACAUGAGGCUGAAGCGGUGAGAGCUAAGGAAGCUUUGAGUUGGAUAAAGGGAAGGGGAUGGGGGAGAGUGGUUUUGGAGACGGAUGCACAGGUGGUGACACGAGCGGUAGCGGCGGACGCAAAUAUCUCACCUUUUGGUGCUAUCAUUCAAGAGGUCCGUGAGCUGCUUCAUGAAUUGCCUAUGGUCACUUUCCGCUUCGUGCAGCGUCGGGACAAUGGGAUGGCUCAUUUAUUGGCUAAAAAAGCUCUUAGUUACAUAGGGGAGGAUAGACUUGAGUUCUUUGACUGUAUUCCACGUUUUCUGAGUGGUUCCCUGUGUAACAGAAUUUCUCGUUGA